AUGUCUUUCCGGCCAAUGUUCCGCCAGCGGGCUGUGGCCCCAUUCGCUGCCACUCUCUUGGCUGGAGGUGUCGCUCUCGCUCCCCGUCGCACCGCGUGGGCUGAAGAACCCCAGGACUUGAGAAAGCCAAUCUAUGAUGACUUCCCCACCGAGACUCCGGAGCUCCCUAAGACGCCCUCUGCCGUUGUGCCCCAGCCGUCCUCGCCCUCGUCCUCGUCGUCUCCGACUCCCACAGAUAUCCUGACCGCCCAGAUCCGACAAGCCCGUCUCUUCCUCUACAACAACUCCCUGGCUGCGGAGAACUGCUUCAACGACUUCCUGUCCCGGGCCCUUCACAUUGAGAACGCUUUCACCAACACCGUUGCCUCGCUGGCCCCGUCCCCGGAGUCCGGAGAGCGUCUGCUUCCCGGCGGAGUGUACGUCGUCGUUGCCGCCAUGGCCGGCUCGAUCGUGUCGCGGAACCGCGGCAUCUUUCUGCGCUCCGCCUCGCCGCUUGCCUUCGGUACCGUUGCCGCUUGGUCGCUUUUACCCGUGACGAUGCGCAACGUUUCCGACCUGGCUUGGGAGUACGAGAAGAAGGUCCCCGCCGUGGCGGAACAGCACCUCCUGAUCCGGGAGAAGGCCGAACACAUCUGGUCCACGGGUAUUGCGCACAGCGGAAUGGCACGGGCCAUGAUGGAGAAGAAGAUCGGCGACACCCGGAAGAAGCUGGAGGAGCUGGUCAGCAAGGGCCAUUAG